CGCACAGUUGGAUAGUCUCUGCGCGCUUUAGUUCAACCGGGCUACACUGACCCAGACCAGACUGGCUCUCUUCUGACGCCCAACAAUGCGGACUGAGCCACACAAGUUUGGAAAUCUUGUCGUUACGCAAGGGGUUUGGCGGUGAGGGGUCUAAGGGGUGACAGCGGCAUGGAUCAGGCUACAAGUGUUGGAUUCUCUGCAUCCCUGUGGAAAGCCAUUUGAAAAGUUUGGAGACAUGAGCAGCCUCUCGGUGCCAGAGAUCAUUUAGCCUCUCCAAGCUGGAUUCUAGCAAGACAACUGGAGUAUUACUUAAGCUAAGAGCAUCUUUAAUGUAAUUUCCCAUCGUGUUUUUGUUUUCUACAACUCUUGGAUAAUCACCCACACUGCAGACCCACUUUUGGAGACGUUGGAUCUAAAUUUACGCACAUUUUACGCACGGGAUUCCUCUAACAAAUGACAGCUUCUAAGAGGUUUAUUCCUCCCUCACAUCAUCCCCACUUCUCCCUGUAUUGCACCGACCCCCCAUAUCUCUCCCCUCACCGGGUUACACGCGGGGAGUGAAAGCCUCUCUGUCUCUUUCUGUGCGCAACAGCGUGCGUCCUGAGGAUGAGGAGGGGAAGUUUCCCGAUGUCUGCCACCGCGAUUCUGACCCUACUCCUGGUUAUUAUCGACGUGAAAGCCAGCGGGGAGUAUUGCCACGGCUGGCACGACUCCGAAGGCGCGUGGAAGGAAGGGUUCCAGUGUCCGGAGAAGAUCGAUGCACAGGAUGCUAUCAUCUGCUGCGGGAAAUGUGAGCUUCGCUACUGCUGCUCCAGCACCGACGCGCGGCUGGAUCAGGGGAGCUGUGACAACGACCGGCAGGCUGUGGAGCCCGGGCCCGGGUCUAAGGAGGACAAGGACAACGCUGCAGUGCCCAUCUACGUGCCGUUCCUGAUCGUGGGCUCCGUGUUCGUGGCGUUCAUCCUGGUGGGCUCCGUGGUGGCCGUGUGCUGCUGCCGCUGCCUGCGCCCCAAACAGGAGCUCUCAUCAGGCGGAGCAUCAGGGGGGGGGUCCGGCGGUGGGGGGCGCCUCCUGGAAACCAUCCCUAUGAUGUCCAGCGCCGGGACCUCUAGGGGUUCCUCGUCCCGUCAGUCCAGCACAGCCACGUCCUCCAGCUCCUCUGCCCCCCCCACCGCCCCCCGACAGAAUCCCCCUCAGAUGAUGAGGGCCCAGGCCUCCUGCUGCCUCCCCCCCGACGCCAGCGUCUUCGUCAACAUGCCCACCAACUACUCCAUGCUCAACUGCCAGCAGGCCACGCAGAUCAUGCCCCACCAGGGACAGUUUCUGCACCCGCAGUACAUCGGGUACGCCCACCCGGCCGCCACCUUCAUGGACCCAACUCAGGGGGGGUACAGACCCCUGCAGUCCCCAUGCCCCCCUCCCAACAUGGGGUGUAUUGUCAAUGACCAGAAAUACCCUGCAGUGACUGUGUGACGAGACUGCAGACCACUUUGUUGUGAAGUUGAACCUGUGAGGGGGGGCCGCGCCAGAGACUUUUACAGUGGAAAAGAAACUGAAGGACUGGUGAAGCUGUUGCUGGCUGCAGGCCCGCCUCUCCAUUGUGUGUUUUGUGUGUCUGUUUAGUGUCAUGUGAUCUCCUGACUAAGAUGAUGGAUGCAUAGACAAUUUUCUGUCUCGAUGCAAAGACAAAACUGCAUAAAGGAGGAUUUACAGCCCAGGUGGGGGACCGUGCACGGCUCACUCAAAUAAAUCUGUGCGAGAGUGAGAGUGGGAAUGAGUGAUGACUGGAUGAUUUAUAGCAGCGAAAUGAAUGAAAAGUGGAUAUAGGAGUAGAAACAAAACAAAGUUAUGACCACAUGCUGUUUUCAUGCCAUCUGCACUUGUGAACGGCUCAUACGUGCAGUGUGUUUGUUUGUGUUGAACGUGUGCAGAGAUGAUUGUACUGUAUGUGUGAGUUAGUGGGAAGUGUAGAGGGAUGUGGUCGUGUGAGUAACUGUGAGUGAACUGUGUGUAAUGGGAAAUGCAGGUGGUGUAAUGUGAAAGGCAGUCGCCGUCUCCCUGCAGACCCUUUCAAAUGUAAUGAAGUGAACACAGGACGCAGACUGUAACGCUCCACCCUGCCAUACAACCCCCCCUAAAUAAAACCCCAAAAACCGGAGCGGAAACACGGACAAUUUAAAUAUCCAGCCAAGACUCACAGUUAAUGUACCUUAAAAGUGAGAGGCAGGUUAAUUAUACAUCGCAAACGGCCCUCUUCACUACUCAGAGGUGUGUGUGUGUGUGUGUGUGUGUGUGUGUGUGUGUGUGUGUGUGUGUGUGUGUGUGUGUGUGUGUGUGUGUGUGUGUGUGUGUGUGUGUGUGUGUGUGUGUGUGCGCGCAUCUGUAUUUAACACUGCCACAGUUCAGUGCGUUAGCCGAGGGCAAGGGCAGCUCUGACUCAUUAUUUCCCACUUAAGAAACAGCACAGAAAUGGCACGUUUUGGGCUUUUUAAUCCAAGAAAAAUAAGUCUGUUUUCCUCUGUUGUGCAGCUAACAGGUCAUUCAGUAACAUGCAACUUGAGGAAUGUGCUGCUCCACUGAGCUGCAGCCUGAGAUGUCCCAAAGUACUGAAACUGUGUGUGUACGGCCGAGCACAAAGUCUGUAACUCACUACCGACAGAUGUAUGAAAAGUGGUCCAUUUUGAUGUCAUUUUUCAUAUGAAUUCAAAAAAAUAAACAACUUUUAAACAGAAACCAGUGUGUUGAGCGCUAAUGUGUUUCACCUACAGGCGUAAGCAUAGCCUAUAUCAGGGAAGGCUUUGUUUGGAGUACAUGAGAUUUACAUACACACACUUGGUUAACAAAGAGACACAUCUGUGAGGUGAACGGAUUUUACACAAAGAACUGUCUCACACUCUUAAUCCUCUUGAAACACAAACAACUUCAUGGUUAAGCUAUCAGAAACACUCAUUACGCACAUUCACACACAGCUCUACCACCCACAGUGGAUACCUGUCCAUCACAAAGAGAGGAGGAGGAACAAUAAAACACAACAAUGGCCGCUUUUAAAGCUACGACCCUGAGGAGGUGCAGCUCUGGGAGCCUCCUGCAGGAUAAUGUGGAAAGUGGAGUCACAGGGGAGGAGUUGUAAAGCAGAAACGGCUCGAUGGAUUCUCCAUACGGGAGCAGCUGUAACAGUUUGGGCUGGGCCUCGUCCAGGAAGGUGGGUGGGAAAGAAGGGGGGGGUAUUAAUCGUCUAACGCUCUGUCUGCGGUGACUCUCAGGAGCUUUGAGACGGAGCGUGGGACAGGCUUGAAAUCAAACGCAUAUCAUGUCAAAUCAAGCCUUUUCUCCCUCUAACUGGCUAGUCUACUUGCCGGCAUUGUACCACAAAGUUUGAUGUUAGAAAUGUAUAGUAGGGGUCCCCAGCACAUAGAAACUGCCUGAUGCUAACUUGCAUAUUUUGGACAAUUUGCACAAUUAGCAGAUACAGUUGCGCUAAUUAGAUUUAAAUUGCAUUAUAGCCUAUGCAGUUAAAAAUGGCUUGGCCGAUUUGGUAAAUUUUAGUGUGGUUUUGGGGCUUAUUGAGGAUGCUGGGUCAAUUUCUGACAUUUUCAGGGUACAGAAAUGGAAGUUUUAACCAGAAAGUGUCUAUAUCUGCACUCUCGGUGGGAUUAUGAGUAGUGUUGCAACCAUUGGAUAUUGAGAGCACAAGAUGAAAAGUAUAACCUCAACUGUGGACAAUUUUUCUGCCCAACAUUUGCAGGUUAGCAUCCGGUAGUUUCUAUAUGCUGGGGACCCGUAUACAUUUCUAACAUGAAACUUUGGUGUACUCAACAUUUCUGAGUUCACAAUAGGAGUCUGAGCUGCAAACUUUAUGAAGCCAGAGUCUGAAGAAAAACACACACCUGAUCACAUGACAGCGUACAGUGAAGACACGGAGACAUUGGUUCAGGCCAUGGAUUGAUUAGAUUUAAUGAUUAGGACUUGGAUGGACAACCCCCUUCUCCCACCCUUCACUCUUUCUCACUUGCAUUCCUGAAUCAGUGUGCACACACACACACACACACACACACACACACACACACACACACACACACACACACACACACACACACACACACACACACUACAUUAACACCACGCUGGCUCUUGAGAUGAUCAACGGAGUCGUGAUGGGCCUCAGCCAGCCUUCCCAACGUUAGGAUUGGGAAAUUCCUCGUACUGUAUGUGACUGUUGGGAACGAUCUCUAAAUAAAAAAAACCAGCAGAGCGGCUCUGAAGUUUCCUAUAGAAGUUUUAAAUGUCUGCUAGAUAGAUGACAGUGCUGAGUGGAUGAUAACACAAUAAAUGGUGCAGGACGAGCAGAUGAAAGGCUCAUGCUUCAGUUCUUUAAUGUUCCUUUGUGAUAUAAAAAAGCCCAGGGAUGUGCUCCGUCUGAGCUCUCCCCUCGAGACGCUCUCCCUACCUUUCCCAUGUCUACCAACUACAAACACAGAUGUGCUUUUUCCCCCUUUCUGCUCCAUUGCUUUGGAGAGGACCCAUUUAUUUUUUCCCCCCUGGGUUUUACAAGCAGGGUUAGUCGGGGACGGGGCCUUGUGUGGGGCAGCAGUUUGGUUACCUUGAAAACACACCGCAUGCUAAACCGGCUCUGAGAGAGAAGCUUACUCUGUGACUCACUACCAGCUGCAUCUUUAUUAUAAUGAGUCAUAUUAGCAGAAUAUUAUAUAAAAAAAAAAAAUCCUUUUUGGCAAACUGUGGUGGAGAAAGUACUCAGAUGCUUGAUUUAAUACAAGUAUUCGUAUCACAGUGCAAAAAUACUUACUUUUUCAUUAAAAAAAUGUAUGUAACUUUUAAUCAAAAUUGUAUUUUUUAGGAGACUUUCGUCUAACUCUAUUGACACAACACGACUACAUCACACGGAGAGAAACACAAACACAUCCAGAAACACACCAGGUCUGUACAGCAGCUCACAUUGAGCCACCUGUGAUCCACAGAUGAAGGAAUGGAGGAGAAAUGGAAAUAAGCAGAGAAAUGAAAUGUAAAAAUGAAACCGAGGAUAAAGGGGAAGGAGUGAUUUAAUGAAAGGUCAACAGAGGGAGGUGUGAACUCAUUUAGUGGGGAAACAGGUGAAGGUCACUCCAGAGCCGUUUGAGGUCACACAGUAAACCCAAAAACUACCUCUGUGAUCAUGUGACAGCUGGGGCUCUACGGGACCUCAGCCUUGGCUUCGGCCCUGUGGACGACGCCACCGGGGAGUUAGAAAUAUAUUUAGUUCCACAAACAUACCUGCUAUGGUGACUUUAUUGGGUCCAUAUAUACAAUUUAAUGCAACACGAUACAGAAGUUCUGCCACAUAUUAUCCUUAAAGAGGCUUAUUAUGACCUUUUUGGUAUUAAAUGUGUUAAAGAGGACCUAUUCUGCUGAUGUUCAGGUGUAUAUCAGUAUGUAGUGUCUC